CCAAAGCCGGGGCGGGGUCGGGCGCUCUAUAAGUUGUCGCUAGACGGGCACUCCGCCCUAGUUUCUAAGGAUCAUGUCUGCGAGUCAAGAUUCCCGAUCCAGAGACAAUGGCCCAGAUGGGAUGGAGCCCGAAGGCGUCAUCGAGAGUAACUGGAAUGAGAUUGUUGACAGCUUCGAUGACAUGAACCUCUCGGAGUCCCUCCUCCGUGGCAUCUACGCCUAUGGUUUUGAGAAACCCUCUGCCAUCCAGCAGCGUGCCAUUCUUCCUUGUAUCAAGGGUUAUGAUGUGAUUGCUCAAGCUCAGUCUGGGACUGGGAAAACUGCCACAUUUGCCAUAUCAAUUCUGCAACAGAUUGAGUUAGAUCUAAAGGCUACCCAGGCUUUGGUUCUGGCUCCCACUCGAGAAUUGGCUCAGCAGCUCCCAAAUACAUCAAGAUGUUUGUGUUAGACGAAGCUGAUGAAAUGUUGAGCCGUGGAUUCAAGGACCAGAUUUACGACAUAUUCCAGAAGCUCAACAGCAACACCCAGGUGGUUUUGUUGUCAGCUACAAUGCCUUCUGAUGUGCUAGAGGUGACCAAGAAGUUCAUGCGGGACCCCAUUAGGAUUCUCGUCAAGAAGGAGGAGUUGACCCUGGAGGGUAUCCGCCAGUUCUACAUCAAUGUGGAACGAGAGGAAUGGAAGCUGGACACGUUGUGUGACUUGUAUGAGACCCUGACCAUCACCCAGGCAGUCAUCUUCAUUAACACCCGAAGGAAGGUUGAUUGGCUCACUGAGAAGAUGCACGCCCGAGACUUUACUGUCUCUGCCAUGCAUGGAGAUAUGGACCAAAAGGAACGAGAUGUGAUCAUGAGGGAGUUCCGGUCUGGCUCCAGCAGAGUAUUGAUUACCACUGACUUGCUGGCCAGAGGCAUUGAUGUGCAGCAGGUUUCUUUAGUCAUCAACUAUGAUCUUCCCACAAACAGGGAAAACUACAUCCACAGAAUCGGUCGUGGGGGCCGUUUUGGCCGUAAGGGUGUGGCUAUUAACAUGGUGACAGAAGAAGACAAAAGGACUCUUCGAGACAUCGAGACUUUUUACAACACCUCCAUUGAAGAGAUGCCCCUCAAUGUUGCUGACCUCAUCUGAGACGGGCUGUCCUGCUGUCCAGCCCCAGCGAGAGUUCAGCCUUGGGGGCGCUGAGGAGCACAGCUGGAGGGGGGAGGGAAGGGAGCCAAGGGAUGGACAUCUUGUCAAUUUUUUUUCUUUUUUCUUUUUUUUUUUUUUUUUUUCUUUGAAUAAAUGUCACUUUUUGAGGCAAAAGAAGGAACCGUGAACAUUUUAGACACCCUUUUCUUUGAGGUACACUCUUGCCCCGGCCCCAGGCGCCGUCUCCCCUCAAAAAACACUAAUUCAUUUUCCUAACCUAGUGGCCUGCAGGUCCCAGAGGCUCUCCCUCCUCUGACCAAAUCCCUCUGGAAAAUUCAGGGGGGUGUGUAACAUGUUAACUUGAUCUCACUUGCUGGACCAAAUCUCCUGAGGUUGCCUGCAGGGGAUGUCCCCAGGUGGGGGGAGCAGGGGAGAGAAAAUGGUAGCCAUUUUUACAUUGUUUUGUAUAGUAUUUAUUGAUUCAGGAAACAAACAACAAAAUUCUGAAUAAAAUGACUUGGAAA